UGAACCCUGGAGCAAGAAACAGACGGUGGCGUAGGCUGGGUGGAGGAGGUGCCUAGGAGGAGGCGUGGUGCCAGUGUUCUGUACUCGGGAGCCCAGCAUGUGCUCGAUGCCAAUGCAGUGUCUGUAGGGCUUCAGCUCAACCGGGACACAGAUCACAGUGUGGGGUCAGAUCCAUAAGGAUUCCCCAGUAGGUAGCAGGAAUGGCAGGAACUCAGGUGGGACUACCGGGACCUUUCCUGGAGCCUCCGGUUGGGCCCUGCCCCGUCUCCGACUCUGACUCUGACUCAGAGGACGCAGCUGUGGGUGGCACAGGACCCAAUGCUGCAGCACAGAACUACUCCCAGGUCAUCCACAGUGGCCACUUCAUGGUGUCGUGCCCGCACAGCGACUCACUGCCCCGGCGACGGCACCACCGUGCUGAGCCCGAGCUGGCUGAUCCCCGGAGUAUUGACCCGACCCUCACCCGGCUCUUUGAGUGCAUGAGCCUGGAGUACAGUGGGAAGCUAGUAUCUCCAAAGUGGAAGAAUUUCAAGGGGCUGCGGCUGCUUUGCUGGGAUAAAAUUCGACUCAACAAUGUGAUCUGGAGAGCAUGGUACAUCCAAUAUGUGGAACGGAGGAAAAAUCCUGUGUGCGGCUUCAUCACCCCUCUGGAGGGCAUGGAGGCUGAUGAGCACCGAAAACCAGAGGCUGUCGUGCUGGAGGGCAACUACUGGAAACGCCGCAUUGAGGUGGUGAUGAGGGAGUACCACAAAUGGAGGAUCUACUAUAAGAAGCGGCUUCGAAAAUCCACACGGGAGGGAGGAAUCUCCAGUCCAAAGCGGGCCGAGGAUGUCUGGAAGCCAACGGAGAAAUGGUGCAACCAGCUCUUCUGCAACGUAGUGCCCAUGCUGCUUGGGGAUGAGGAGGAGGACCGCGGGAGCAGGCAGCAUUUUGAUUUGGACACCUUCCUUUCGGACAUAUCUGACACCCUCUUCACCAUGACACAGAUGCCUAGCACCCACCAGGUGCUCCCUGAAGAUGCGUAUGUUGGGAAUGCUGACAUGAUACAGCCGGAUUUGGCACCCCUGCAGCCCAGCCUGGAUGACAUGGACAUAUCAGCGGGUGCUGGAGUGCGGUGUGAGACAGAUGGACAAGUCCUGAUGGCAGAGGCGAGGGACCAGUGCAGCCCUGUGCCCUGCUGGCACUGUGCUCCAGAAAUCUUCACCAGCCACCGGCCACCCCCAUCUCAGACACAACCGGGCUACCAGGAUCCAUCCUGCUUCUCGCCCAUGGCUGAGCCCCUGUUCAGCAGUGGGGGGUCCCUGAUGGGUGCUCGAGGUCUGCCUGUGAGUCCUGAGGCCCCACUCCUACCUGGCACCCUCCCCCAGCCCAGUGGUGCCUCCCAGCUCAGCCUCCACACCGCCUUCCUGGGGUCUGAGCUGCCCCUGGCCCCCCUGCCCCCCGAGCCCCCCGACAUGGCACCCAGCAGCCUCAGCCCCCAGCUCCGACGCAAGCCCACACUGCAGUACGACUUCCCUGGCAAGUGCCUCAGCCUGGAGCCACCAGCACCCCACUAUGUCCCCCCCAUCCCAUCUCCCCGGGCACCACUACUGAGCCUGGAACCCCCCUUCUCCCCCACCUCAGCCCCCCACUCUAAGUUCCCCUACAGCAGUUCACCUGACCCCUCGCUUGCCACCCACCCUCCCUCCCCUCUCUCAAGCCCUUGCUUUGCCCCCUAUGUCCCAGGGCUGGGCUAUGCCACAGGCAUGGGGCCCCAGGGGUACUCCAGCCCUGCUGUCUCCCAGCUCCUGCCCCCUUCCCUGCCGGGCAACCCCAGGUUUACCCCCACCAAGGGGCCACCCCAGGGUGAGGGUGGGCGGCCCAAGGUGAAGCCCAGUGGCACCAAGGCAAGGAGGCUGCCAGGACAUCCCCUGUCCCACCUGCCUGAGUCCAACCCCUGCCCCAGCCAGCUCCUGACCACAGCUAAGCAGGACCUGGCGCUGGAUACCCCUUGCCCGAUAGGUGCAGGACUCAUGCCCACGACCCCUGUCUCUGUGCAGCAGAGCACUGUCUCCAAAGUCCCUGCCACCUUCCUCUCCAGAACGGCCCAGAUGAGCCCAGGUCUGGCUCCUGGCUCCAGCCCUUCGCAAAUGUUGCUGCACACAGUGGGCAGGCAGCUGGGCCCCCUGCAAGUCCCCAAGGCAGAGCAGCUUUCCCCCACCUCAGCUUGUGGCAGUGAAUGGCCCAAGCCCAGCCAGGCUUCCCCAGGAUCCACUGCAAGGCAGGGCACUAGCAUCUCCCUGCACCAGCCCCUGUCCCGUCCAGGAAGGCCUGAGUCCACCAAGCUUUGGGCCAGCCUGUUCCCAGUAGGGCUGGUAGCCCACGGCUGUCCCUGCUGCUGGGAGGUGCCUGAUGGCGCUGACCUGCAGCUGGAGAGCCGCCGCAUCACACACAUCUCCGCUGAGCAGAAGAGACGCUUCAACAUCAAGCUUGGCUUCACCACACUGCAUAGCUUGGUGAGCACACUGAGUGCUCAGCCCAGCAUCAAGGUCAGCAAGGCCACCACCCUGCAGAAGACAGCCGAGUAUAUCUGCAAGCUGCAGCAGGAGCGGGCAGCUCUGCAGGAUGAGGCACAGCGUCUGCGGGAGCAGAUCGAGGAGCUCAAUGGCUCCAUCAACCUGUGCCAGGAGCAGCUGCCAGCCACAGGGGUGCCCAUCACACGGCAGCGCUUCGACCACAUGCGCAGAAUGUUUGAUGAGUAUGUUCGCUCCUCCACACUGCAAAACUGGAAGUUCUGGAUCUUCAGUAUCAUCAUUCGGCCCCUCUUCGAGUCUUUCAAUGGAAUGGUGUCCACAGCCAGCAUGGAGAGCCUCACUCAAACAUCCCUCGCUUGGCUGGACCAGCAUUGCUCCCUCCCAGCACUUCGGCCAACCGUCUUGAGUUCCCUGCGGCAGCUGAGCAUCUCCACCUCCAUCCUCAGCGACCCGGCCCGUGUCCCCGAGCAGGCGGCGCGGGCAGUGGCGGCGCUGGGACGCCCCGGCGGCGCUGGGACGCCCUCCAUCUGACUGCUCCAGGGACUCCGGGGUGUCCCACGGGCACCGGCGUGGGGAGUCGGGACUGCAUGCGGGCUGUCCCGCGCCUGUUCCCCUGCAAUAAAGGUCUUGCUGUGC